AUCAUCCGCUCAUUGCGUCUCCUUUUCUCUGAGUCAAAAAGCCUCACCUGCCCGAUCAAGAACAGCAAGACAUACGUUCCAUUGCUUCGCUGCUGCUCAGCCUCUCAUGUCAUUCUUUUGACUAAUCUCUUUCUCCUUCUCCCAAUUCGAACGGCGUUUUACAACAUCGUCCGGCUAAAACUCUUUUCACAAAGUUGUUGUUGUUUGUACAUACCGGAAAUAAUGUCUGUAUCGGACGAGAACAAUCCUGGAGUCAUCGGAGCCUCCCGAUAUCAAGGGGGCUUACAUGCUGGCGAAAGAGGGAAGCUCGUGGCGGCGACUGGGCAGAAUCGAAGAGCAUUGAGCACUAUUAACCGGAACCUAAUUGAAGGCCCACCUUUCCCUUGUGCAGUCAGUAAGAGACCUUUAUCCGAAAGAAAUGCAGUCUGUGAUAAGAUCCCACCCAUACCUCAGCAUAGACCAAUUACUAGGAAGUUUGCUGCCCAGAUGGCUAACAAGCAGCAAAUGGAACCUGAGGAAAUUAAGAAACCAAUCCAGUCAGUGCCAGAUUCAAAUGAAGAUUGCAGCAUCAUAGAUGUGGAUAACUCGGAUGUGCCAAUGUUUGUGCAACACACGGAAGCUAUGAUGGAGGAGAUUGAGCGGAUGCAGGAGGUUGAAAUGGAAGACGUGGAUGAUGAUGAUGAUGAUCCUCUUGUGGACAUUGACAAUUGUGAUAAAACGAAUCCGCUUGCAGUUGUUGAGUAUAUUGAUGAUUUAUACCAAUUCUACAAGAAAGCAGAGUGUACUGGUUGUGUUCCUCCAAAUUAUAUGGAACAGCAAUAUGAUAUUAACCAAAGGAUGAGAGGUAUCCUCAUUGACUGGCUGGUAGAGGUUCACUACAAGUUUGAGCUGAUGGAGGAGACCUUGUAUCUCACGAUCAAUCUAAUUGAUAGGUUUUUAGCAGUUAAGCAAAUAGCAAGGAAGAAACUUCAGCUGGUUGGAGUAACAGCCAUGCUUCUAGCCUGCAAAUAUGAAGAAGUUUCUGUUCCUGUUAUUGAGGAUCUGGUUCUCAUUUCUGACAAGGCUUACAGUAGGCAAGAAGUGCUUGAUAUGGAGAAACUGAUGAUCAAUACCUUACAAUUCAAUCUAUCGGUCCCUACGCCGUAUGUGUUUAUGAGGAGAUUUCUCAAAGCUGCUCAAUCAAACAAGAAGCUUGAGCUUCUGUCAUUUUUCAUGAUCGAGCUUUGCCUAGUUGAAUAUGAAAUGCUUAGGUUCCCACCUUCUCUAUUAGCUGCUGCUGCUAUUUUCACUGCUCAGUGUAGUCUUAGUGGGUGUAAAUAUUGGAGCAAGACCAGCGAGUGGUAUACUACCUACUCGGAGGAGCAGCUUAUGGAAUGCUCAAGAAUGAUGGUUAGGUUUCACCAGAAAGCAGGGACAGGGAAACUUACAGGCGUACAAAGGAAGUACAGUACAUCUAAGUACGGUUAUGCUGCAAAAAUAGAGGCACCAACUUUUCUAUUGGAGUCUUAAAGUUUCUAGCACAGCUUGCUGCUUAGCAUUGCCAUCCUUUGAUAAAAAUCCAGCCUAACUAGGAAUUGUGCCCCCUCCUGCAACUUAAGUUGCCCCCCUCCCCUUGAGUUUAUAAAUAUUUCAUUUCUUUUGAAAAUAUUGUAGAAGUGAUGAUAUGGUUUGAUGUUUCAUUUCUUUGGUACCAACUUCAUUCUUUUACGUGUCAAUGCCACCAUCCAUCAUCACUAACGCCAGAUUUUAACUUCUGCAAAUAAUGAAAAUUCCUUCAAAUAUUUUAUGUUGUAAGCGAAAGUUGUUACCAUCGGUGCCCAUUUAAGAUUAUCCUUGGAACGAACGUGGUGUUAGGAUUGACAGCUAGCCAAAAGCUUUAGACUUUUUGUAAAGCUGGAAAAAAAAAGUCUCAGAUAGCCGUUGGUGAAGCAAUAAGAGGAAACAAAGGAGCAAUUAAAAGUAAAUGAAAAGUUGUCAUUGCUGGGGCACAUAAAGUGAUUCCCAGCUUAUGCCGUGGAGAAAUGCAGUGUGGUAUGACACUGAUCAAUUGGAGAAUUUAGAGAGAAAAUAGGGUUCGAGAGGUGAAAAGAUUGAGAAGAGAAUUGCUGAUUUCAUUUCAUAAUUCUACUUGUCCUUACAAGGAAAAUGCUGUCGUACCAGGAGGGUUAUUUUUAUACAGCUGGCAUAACAGAAAAUAAAACAGCUAAUAGCUGAGUCAUCAAUAACUCUGGACCGUCUCUUUUUGUUGGACUGAGCCCAUCAAUAGAUCUGCUCUAAAUAGGCCCAUAUCUCAGUGUUGCGUGAUCGAUCAACUGAAGGCCCUCUUUCUUCAUUUCUAUCAAAUCCCUAAUUCCCUUUUUACUCGAUCGAUUAGGGUUUUUUUUCCUCCAAUUUCCUUCCACCUUUCUUCGUCUCUCUGAUUACUUUCCAAUUUCGUGACAUGCAGCACAAAAUUUAUUAAAAGUAUAAGCAUGUCAAAGAUUUGAAAUAAAGUAUUUUUAUUUGCGUACCAGAUGCUGGCGUUUAUUGUGGCUUUCUGCAUUAAGAUUUGAUUGUGAUUGAAAUCCACUCCCCAGCAACCAACAUUGAAGGCUAUGCUUAAAUUCAUUCACAGUGGGGAACUCAGUAUUGAGGACUUUGGUACCUUGUUAAUUGUUGCCCCAGUUCCUUCCGUUGUCUGACAAAAACAUGGAAUCUCUCUUCUUCGUCAGGACUGCUGCAAAAUGCAUUUAGAAUGCCUCUAACAGCUACCUUACUAAUUUAUAUGCUCUGAAAUAAUUUGAUUUGGGUGUUUCGCUAGAGUCAUGCAUAUAUCUUUGGUUAUGGUUUUUUUUUUUUUUGGUAUGAAUAGAAAUAAAAGAACCGGCGAAGUAAGCUGCGGUUUCUUUGAGUUCGGUAAAAACAAGAAGAGAUCCCUUUUUAUAAUAGCCGAUUAUAAAAACAAGAUGUGUACAUAUUACAUGCACUGCAGGGAUGGAGUUCCUCCAAGUGGAAGAUGGUAAUACAACAUGAGUUUUUAUCCAUUAUGCACAAGUUCAAUGGACAGGAAGUAACCAACAUUGCUGAUAUGUUAGUUUCCCUGCAAGUGAGCACAAUAAGGCUGUUGUAUUGUGUAGCUAACAACUGAACUUUGCUGCAGGACUCUGCCCCUCCAAUUCUUCAAGUGAAUUCAUCAAUCCCAUCAUGUAAACUCGUCCAGAAAACUUGUGAAAGGAUUUCUGGAAUGCACUUUGACUACUGCACAACUUUUCGGAAUAUUAUUCUGGUGGGUAAGUUUUUUGUAAGGGUUGCGUUUGCUUAUUAAAUUUUGUGAGUGGGAAGCAGUGAAUGAGAGUGAUAAAUGUGCAAAGAAUGUGUAAGCCGAGUCGGUAUGCAUCAUGGAUUGCAAUUGGACCAAAUGCACUGCUUCUGCUUCCUCGAACACUAGGGGUGACUUCAACUGAUCAUGUAUUUUUUUAUGAGUUUUGACUUGAGAGAAUCCACUCUUCUAUAUCGUUUACUUCA